GCACAUGGACUCAAUGACGCCACCCAUCCCAAAGUCCCAACCGGCCCUUAUCUGAGUACACCUCUGCAAAAGCCUAUGCACAGCGUUUGGAGUUUAGCAUUGUUUUCUACUUCAUCUAUAUACGCUAUUUAAUUAAAUCAAAUAAUAAAGAAGAAGAAUAAUGCAAGUGUUAGCAUCCAAUUUCUGGUCUUUGCAAGCUCAUGCAGUCGAUGUUCCCAAGAACCGUCUCUUGGGUCGAAGGGAGCUCUGCUUCGAAGGCGUUUCUUCUGCAUGCUCUCCUUCACACUUCCAUCCUAAUCAUUCCCCCAACAAUGCCGAUUUUUCUCAUUCCCUGCCCUUUCAAAGGAGUACUCAAAAUCCCAGCAAGGAUUUGUGCGAAUUAAUAAGAAAGUUUGCUCCUUUCACUACUCGGCGGGCAUUGUUUUCAAGUUUGUUCAUGUAUUCAUUUUUCCAUCCUUCAAGGUACUUACCAGCACUAGCUUUAGGGGAUUCAACUGUAACAGUUCAAGAAGUAACUCCCCCUACUUUUGCUGCUGGACCACUUUUCCCCACUGAGGAAAGGAUUGUCCAACUCUUUGAGAAGAACACAUACUCGGUUGUAAACAUUUUUGAUGUAACAUUGCGCCCUCAACUUAAUGUGACUGGUGUGGUAGAGGUUCCUGAAGGUAAUGGUUCUGGAGUAGUCUGGGAUGGACAAGGACACAUUGUAACAAAUUAUCAUGUAAUUGGUAAUGCCCUCACAAGAAAUCCAGGCCCUGGGCAGGUUGUUGCACGAGUUAACAUUUUAGCAUCAGAAGGGGUACAGAAGAAUUUUGAGGGGAGGUUGAUUGGUGCUGACCGUGCGAAGGAUCUUGCUGUAUUGAAGGUUGAAGCCUCUGAAGAUCUUUUAAGACCGAUCAAGACCGGGCAGUCAUCUUCUGUCAAAGUUGGGCAGCAGUGCUUGGCAAUUGGAAAUCCAUUUGGUUUUGAUCACACACUCACUGUUGGAGUCAUUAGUGGAUUGAAUCGAGACAUAUUUAGUCAAGCUGGAGUCACAAUUAGUGGUGGAAUUCAAACAGACGCUGCCAUUAAUCCUGGGAAUAGUGGAGGACCGCUACUGGAUUCCAAAGGAAAUUUAAUUGGGAUUAAUACUGCAAUAUUUACUCAGACAGGUACCUCGGCAGGUGUAGGGUUCGCCAUUCCAUCAUCAACGGUUCUCAAGAUUGUACCUCAAUUGAUCCAAUUUGGCAAAGUUAUUCGAGCUGGUUUGAAUGUGGAUAUUGCUUCAGACCUGGUUGCAAAUCAACUCAAUGUUCGAUUUGGAGCUCUCAUUCUUCAGGUCCCUGGAAAUAGUCUUGCUGCAAAAGCUGGGUUACUUCCCACAAUGAGGGGUUUUGCCGGUAACAUCAUACUAGGGGAUAUCAUUGUUGCAGUUGACAACAAACCUGUAAAAAACAAAGCAGAGUUGUACAAAACACUGGAUGACUAUAACGUGGGUGACAAAGUAGUCUUAAAAAUUCAGAGAGGCAGUGAAAGUUUGGAACUUCCUAUAUCAUUGGAGGAAAAAAGCUCAUGACCGAGGCACUGGUGAUAACAUCAAAAUUUAUGUUGAGAAUAUAAUGAUAUGAUAUUGAAUUGUGCUAUAUACAUAGUAUAGAUGUCAAAAGUGGAAUUGUUGUAUACAAAUAUCAUUGGAAGCUACUUUUUUAAUCAUGAUAUGCUUUGUUUCAUCA